GAGUUUUAUCGGUGUAGAUUCCUUAUGGCUCUACCGCUCUUGGGGGCUGUGAACCUGUGCGUCGUCUGCUCUGGUUUGUUUGACAACCACAACCAAGAACCAGAACACAGAGUGGGGAAUAUGAGUUUCCCGAAUCAAUGAAGUUUUUGCAAAAGAUACAGCCUUUUUAUUGGUUUGAUAAACUUUCAUUAGUAUUCUUCCGAGUAGUGUUUUUUGGUUUUUUGCAUCCCAAAACAAAGCUAGUUCAUCCCGUCGCCGCAAGGCGCGCUAGUGGCGCUCUCUGCGCCGCAGCACAGCAGCCGAUCCAAGAUGGUUGACAGAGCUGUAGAUUAGAAGGUUAAGUAGCAUAUGUUGUGUGCUUUUCGCCCUUAGACAAUGCCUAGAGUCGUUCUCACUGCCCGCGCACGACCGCCUGUCAACACGAAAUGACUGGGCACUCAAAGCGAAGGUGGUCGCCCUGCCUAGUCCGAGUCGUGAGCUCAAUUAGCCGGGGAAGUGAUCAGUGCUCCUCUGGUCCGCCUCAUCCGCCCCCUCCGGGCCCUGCAGCCCAUCAUGCCGCUGCCAAACAUUUUGAAAAAAGCCUCCAACUACAUCCUGGGCGGAGGGAGCGAGCUCAAGAACCCCCCAUUCAACGAGGGAGAAGUCGUGUUCUGCAAAAAUAAUGUGUGUGUCCAUCCCCCUGCAUUGCUGAGACAAGCUUGUGACGUUGUUCAUCACCCUGGGUAUCUCUCUGUCAGUUGUCAAUUGUCAGGACCCCAGCACAAAAUUAGAACUUUACAUUUAAGUUGGAUUCCGAACAGUACUCUCCACAAACAUCCUGGUGCUAUUCAAAGACACAAUUACAGAGAUGAAAGGAGUGAUUCACUCUCAUCUAAUGAUGUUACUCUACCCUGUGGCAAGGAAUCUUGUUUGAAGUGCUUGGCUGAAGAUCGUCUUCAUGAUGCAAACUAUCGGACCACUUACCGUGAGUUUAGACGCCGUAGCUCUGGAGGCGAGAGUUGGGAGUCUACUCCCAAGAGUGGCCCACCAAGCCUUGCAACAUCAGAACCUCCAAGCUCAAACAGUCUUCGGGAGCGAAACUUGGAAAGCACUGCUGCCACAUCAAUUUCUGAUGAGUCAACUUCUUUGGCUACUCAAGAAGGGGAAAGUAACUUUCCAGAAGAAGCAGCAGACAAGCUUCAUGUCAACUUACCCCCCACUCCAAGUCCAACUCAUGCAGUAAAUGGCUCCAAUUCCUCAACCGAUGCACCAUCCAAGGCUGGAGUGCUCUCCCUCCAACCUGGGCCGAAAGGAGAGGACUUCUUAGUCAGCAUUGUCGAGCCUGAAGAUAACACUUCACCUCAGGAAUGUGAAUCUCUUCGACAGAGAUCCCCUUCUACUGCAUCCACUUGCAGUUUUCUUCAUCCUUCAUGUCCUCCAUCUUUUCAGACAUCUGAUGAUAUGCCUGCAUGGCUGAGUUCUCCUGAACUACUUGCUCUUCGACACAACCUAACAUUUCCUGAGAGUGUGACUGCAUCUCCUGUCGUCAGAAGAACACACAAUUGUAGGAGAUUUUCAGUUGACCUCGGUCAAAUGAGGUCUCUUCGAUUAUUCUUCAAUGACAUAGAAUGCACCAGUGGACAACUGGUUGUUGCUUCUCAAGAGAGUCAGUAUAAAAUUCUUCACUUUCACCACGGAGGAUUGGACCAUCUUGCAGCAGUUCUUAAUGAGUGGAGCUUUCUUCUACAUUCUCCUCAACAAACAGGAAUACAAGAUACACUACCAUACCGUCAUUUUAUGAUUUGCAGACCUGAAGUGGGGGAGGAUGAGUUGCAUCCUGAAGAGGGCCAAAUUGGUGUUGUGGAUUUAGAUGUAUGGAUACAAGUUCUGAAUCCUGAGGGGCAAAUUGAAGAUGACUUGACUCUUCGUAAGGGUAUCUUCUUUGGUGGUCUAGAGCCAAGUUUAAGGAGCGUUGUGUGGCCCUUCCUUUUGCACUGUUACCCAUUCCAGUCAACUUAUGAUGAAAGAGAACAAGUUCAAGCUCUUCGUAGGCAAGAGUACUUGAGUAUUCUGGAAAAGCGUGAAUCCUUAACAGGUGAAGAAUAUGAUGAAUUUUUCCGUAAUGUUCAAUGCAUUGUUGAGAAAGAUGUCAUUCGAACUGACCGUGCUAACCCUUAUUUUGCUGGAUCUGAUAAUCCUAACAUCGAUGUUAUGAAGAACAUUCUCUUGAACUAUGCCAUCUACAAUAAAGGUGCUGGAUACACUCAGGGCAUGUCAGAUCUGCUAGCACCAGUUUUAGUGGAAAUGAAGAAUGAAGCUGAUGCUUUCUGGUGUUUUGUUGGUCUAAUGCAAAGAGCUUCCUUUGUAUGCACUCCUACAGAUGGUGAUAUGGAUCGAUCACUAACAUACUUACGAGAAUUGAUAAGAGUAAUGUUACCCUCAUUUUUCAACCAUUUAGAGCGACACACUGAUGCUAUGGAGCUGCUUUUCUGUCACCGUUGGAUAUUGUUGUGCUUCAAGAGAGAAUUUCCAGAGCCACUUGCGCUUGCCAUGUGGGAAGCAUGCUGGGCCAACUACAUCACUGACUACUUCCACUUAUUUCUCUGUCUGUCCAUACUGUCAGUGUAUGCUGAUGAUGUGAUAGCCCAAGAUUUGCAUACAGACGAAAUGCUUCUACAUUUCAGUUCCCUUGCCAUGUUCAUGGAUGGUCAUCUCAUUUUACGGAAGGCUCGUGGCCUUCUUCAUCAGUUCAGGCAAAUGCCAUGUAUACCAUGCACAUUGGCUGGGCUUUGCCAAAUGUGUGGGCCAGGAAUGUGGGAUUCAUCACAUGCCCCUGUAGUAGAGUGCAAUGGUACGUCUUGCCUCUCCAGUCCUUGUCCAUACAGUGCUGCUCCAGAUAAGGCAAAUAGUGCAGAUGAUUAGUCAAAGUUUCUUUACUUGGAGGCAUAUCCAUGAUGUGUAUUGAAUCUCUGUCUGAAUUGCAGUUGUUUAAAAAUCUGUUUGUGACAGUAUUUCUUUUGGGCCAAACAAAUUUACUUUGGGCUGAUGACCAAUCUGCUUUAUCUUAUCUAUCUCUCUGCAUUUUGGCUUGUUUGCUUUAUAAGGUGUAUAAAAUAUCUAUAUGGUUAAAACAUCACAUUAGUGAUACAUGUUGGUGCUACUGUUUGAUGUCUGGAAAAAUAUCUUAAACUUGUUCUAUUGUUUGUUGCCAUGUUUGUAAUUUAAGAUUGAGCUCUCAAGUUACUGAACUGUUUUAGUUUAUGGGUAUUUAUGUUGCCAUGAAGCUCAAAAUUUGUUGCCGUAUUAGUUUUUUUUGUUUAUUGAUGUUUCCAUAUUGCUAGUCUGUCAAUACGUAUUUAAUCCUACCCAAGUACUUUUUCUCUUAGUACUUAUGGUAAAUGUGUCAUCAUUCUUGCCGCCAUAGUUCCAGUUUUUCCAUCUCAAUUUUUAAUUCCAAAGUCUAAUGUGUAGCAUUGUUGUGUUCUAUUUGAUGGAUGGUGCUUUGUGAUUUAUUUUGUAAUAUAAAGACUGUUGUUAUUCUUAAAGGUUCUUAAACCACACAUGCAUUUGAAAAAAAAAAUGAUAUAGGACGAUGCAAGGAGGCCCAAAUAUCAACAUAUCAUUAUAUUUUGUUGAACAAUUGAUUUUUCUGUUCUGUAUUGACAAUGAUAGAUUGACUAUUUAUAAGUUAAAAACUGCAGUAGUUCUGUUAUCAAUUUUAUAGAGUAUGACCAAAGACAAGUUAAUUCCUUUUUUAUGGAUUGGCAAAUACUGUUUGUAAUUAAUGGGGUAUUAGAUUCUAUGACUGUUAGUUUUAUUUGAUUUCUAAAACUUGGCCCGUGUAUAAUGCAUAUCCUCAAACAUGUGGUCUCAUGUGUAGGUUAAUUCACUGAUUUACAUUUUGAACUGUUUCUGUAGAAACAAAGCUAUAAAUUGUUAACAUGCUUUUUCCAGAACACCUGUAUCAGAUUAUUUAUAGCCGAGCGAAGAUAUGAGCUUCAUGCCAAACUGUGUACCUCGUGGGUUGGGUUAUAGUCAUGAGGCUUCUGUUCCCAUAAUAGUAUGUAAUGUACUGAUCUCCUUGCUAUAUAUCUCUAUUUUGCAAACUCUGCCAUUCCAUGCUGUGUUUUACGUAAUUCUAGGAAAUGUUGACGGCCUUGAAUAUUUCAAUUUUAGGAUUAAGUGAGGGAAAGUUUGUAAGUACCACUAUGUAACCAUUUUGGUGACACUGUUCUUGUCUGCAACCACAUUUCAUGAUAGGUAAAAUGAGGAAUUUCAUUAACUCUUAUUCAUCUUCUUGAUAGUCAAGUCAAUUGAUGAUCUGCAUAAUUUGAUCUGAAAGGUUGCUUUACUGCACUAAUUUAACCAAAGAUAUAUCAAAAUGUUCAAUUUCUAGAACUAUGUAUACUGUUUUUUAUGGGCGCUUCUUAAAUUUCUUAGGGGAUAUGUCUUAUAUUGGUGCUACUAUGCUAAAUGCAUUGUGCUCACAAUUAAGUUUUAGUCUUUUUUUGGACUGUUUAUCUGUGGUUCCCUUUUUUAGGGAGAGGUAAUGUUGAGCACAUGUAUUUUGAAAUACUAUGUACAGCACAAAAUGUUGUUUGUUUUGCUUGUGUAUCUAAGUCAAUUGUGUUGUUUGUUGGUUUCGUUUAAUGGGCGUGUGAUGGUAUUUUCCAAGUCAUUUUAAAUAUUUUAAUCGACAGGAAACUUGUUUUUUUUUUGUUUUUUCCUGCACUUUUUAUAAUUGUGGUAUUGAUUUGAUUCUUGCAUGGGUGUGUUCUGUUGUCUGUCAUCAAAUCGUUUUCAGAACAAAACCUCAGGGUAAGUUUUCUUUUCUCUCUUUGUGUGAAACUUUUACACUACAGUAGGUCGCUGAAUUGCAAAUCAAACAUUAUCUCUGAUUAUUCAUCAAACUAAUGUGUGUUAUUUUAAAAAUUUUAUCCCAACAAUUUUGCCGUACCUAAUAGGUAAAGGUAAAUAUUGUCUUGACUAAUAAAAACAUGUUAUACAACUAA